GAAGUAGAUUAAUAUGAAGCGCCUACAUUGAUUAUUUUAAUAAUUCCUCUAUUUUGUUGUAAAUUCACUGCAAUGCUCCAAGUUUUGAUAACUGUUCUCUGGAAUUUAAUAUCUUAUUCCGUAAUGGAAACUCCAGUCAGGUCUUUCAAGCUAGCUCAUCUCCGUUGUCUUCAUUACGUCAAGCGACUUAGUUUUCUGUUUAGUAUAUUGCAUUGAAUAUCUGCAAAGAUCCAAAUAAGCAACACAGAUGAGUCUUGCUAAGAGGAAAAAUGCUAUUCCGAAUGUAACGGGAAACCACCAGAUGAGUUGGAGGGAACUGGCUGAAGCUGAUGAUCUCGCUUCUGCCCUCACUGUUGAUCCUUAUCUUGGCUUUACUACCCAUAAAAUGACAGAGUAUGCCUUAAAUAUUACUAUAUGUUUACUUACAGUAUGAGGUUAAAAAUUCCAGAAAGAAUCAAAAGGAAGUUUUGUGAUAUCAUAUCUGCCUUUCGGAAAAAUAAGUGUUACGAUACAGCUUUCAACCAGCUGACUGCCGAUCCAAACAUAGUGAAACGGUCUUGGAGUAUUGACCCUCGUUUCAAGGAACAUGUAUGUUGUGUCAAACCAUCACUUAUUUACAGAUCAAUCGAUACUUGUUAUUAUUUGAUGAUCGUUCUGGCAUUGAAAUUCGACCUUGUUGGCGCUACGCAUCAGAAAAUCAUAUGGGAGCCGCAAUAUAUGCCACAAAAGAUUGGGCGAAAGGGUCUCGUAUUAGUACUUUGGUGGGAUGCAUCGCUGAACUCAAGCAUCAUGAAGAGGCUACAUUCCUUAAGCAACACAAAAAUGACUUUUCAGUCAUGUAUUCUUCUAGAAAAAACUGUUCCCAAUUAUGGUUAGGUCCUGCAGCUUAUGUUAAUCAUGACUGUCGACCUAACUGUGAGUUCACAACUAACUGUGAUGCUGACGCUCGUAUGAGCUUAGAGGCUAUAACCGAUAUAAAGUCGGGUGAUGAGAUUUUCAUCUACUAUGGGACAAACUUUUUCGAUACAAAUAAUGCAGCUUGCGAGUGUUUUACAUGUGAAUUAUUAGGUCGUGGAUAUUUCAGCAAAUUUAACCAAAGUGUGGAUAUGACAAAUCCUACUAAUGAAUUAUCAUCUCCAACUACUAUCUCUGACCAGAGAACUCAUCCAAAAAAUAUUGUACCAGCAUUUCAUAAUACUCUUAACAUUUCUACUGAUCAUAAUCAAAUUCUGCGUGAUAGAAUAAAUUCAGUACCAAAUAAUUCUCACUUUGUCAAGUGGAUUGGUUCUCAAGUCACUAAGUCUAUAUCAUUGGAUUUCUUCCUGAAGAAGGGAUCUUCAACUGGUUUGGCUUGUAAAGCAUUGCCUAAUGCAUAUUCCUUACGGCAUACCGGCUAUCGUUUAAAUCGUGUUAAAGCUCGACUUAUUGCUGCAACCAUAGCUUCCGUAAACAAAUCACGUUAUUCGAUUAGUCAUGAGAACAGGACUCCGAGGAUUAUUUCCCCUUAUAAAAAGUGCAUGUUAAGAAAAACUAUUAAGAAAAGCGUUUCAUCUUGCCUACAGAAUGAAUCAAAUUUGCAUUCAUGUGACAGUGAGCGAAGAAAGCUAAGCAAUGCAUUAUCAUCUGUCGUAAAAAGACGAAGACAAUUAUUACGGAAUAGUCAUAUAUCUGAACAACGAAGUUUUACUCCCAAGAGUACUGUUAAAGUCCCUGUUUCCAAUGACACAACAGUUUGUGACAGAAUAGCAUGGCAAGAAUCAGAUGGAACUAGCAGUGGAUUAGGAUACAGUGUUCAUAAUGAUUGCAGUAGUGCUUCAAAUAGCCCAUUACCACCUUUAUUGGAUCGUAUGCCAUCAACUUCACCAAAUAAUUCCUUCAGUGAUUCAACUGUUACACCUGCUCUUGGAUCACCCUAUUAUUGUGAUUCAGUAACUCAAAUGUCCAGUAAUGAUAAUGAUGACAAUAUGGAUAAUGAUAGUAAUGCAAAUAAUGAUGAUAACGACGCAGGUACUACUGUUACACCUGAUCUUGGAUCACCGUAUUAUACCGAUUCAGUAAGCCAAAUGUACAGUGAUGAUGACGAUAUGGAUAGCAAUAGUAAUGAUAUUAAUGAUGAUGAUAAUAAUAUUUAUAAUAAUGCCAAUGACGAUAAUAUUAACAAAAGAUGUACAACUGUUACACCUCAUCUUGUAUCACCCUAUUGUAUUGAUCCAAUAAUCCAAAUGUGCAGCAACGAUAAUGAUGAUGAUGAUGAUGCUGAUAUGGAUAAUAACAAUAAUAAUAACAGCAAUGAUAGUAGCGGAAAUAAUGACGAUAGUCGCAGUGAUACUGAUGAUGAAAGUGAUACUACUGUUACUCCUGCUCUUGGAUCACCCUAUUAUUGUGAUUCAGUAACUCAAAUGUGCAGUAUCGAUAAUGAUGACGAUAUUGAUGAUAGCAAUAAUAAUAACAAUAAUACUAACAAUGAUCCUAAUAAGAUGAAAAGAGAUACGACCAUUACACCUGAUCUUGGAUUACCCUAUUAUAUUGAUCCAGUAAUCCAAAUGUAUAGUAAUUAUAAUGAUGGAGAUAUGGAUAAUUAUAGUAAUGCUAACAAUUCUAAUGACAAUAAUGAAAAUAAUAACGAAAGAAAUACAACCGUUACACUGGAUCUUGUAUCACCCUAUUAUAUUGAUCCAGUAAUCCAAAUAUACAGUAAUCGUAAUGACGAUGACAUGGAUAAUUAUAGCAAUGAUAAUAAUAAUUAUAAUGAUAGUGACCAUAGUAAUAAUAAUAAUAACAAAAUAGAUACGGCUAUUCCACCUGUUCGUGUAUCACCCCGUUAUAUUAAUCCAGUAACCCAAAUGCACACUCAUGAGGAGGAUGAUGAUGACGGUGAUGGUGACGGUGACGAGGAUAACAGCGAUAACAGUACUAGUAGUGAUAGUGAUUAUAAUGACAGUGAUAAUAACAAAACUGAAACGUCUGUUACACCUGAUCUUGGAUCACCCUAUUAUAUUGAUUCAGUAACACAAAUGUGUGGUAUUGAUAAUGAUGAUGAUGAUGAUGACGAUAUUGAUGAUAAUAAUAAUAAUAUUAAUAAUAAUAAAGACUGUAACGAUGAACAUAGCAAGAGGGACAUGUCAGUUACACCUUAUCUCGGAUCAGUCUAUUGUACUAAUUCAGUAAUCCAAAUGAACAGUAAUCAUAACGAUGACAACAACGGUAAUAAUAAUAACAGUAAUGAAACUGUUACGACUGUUACACAUGAUCUUCGAUCGCCCUAUUGCAUUCACUCAGUAACCCAAAUGUGCAAUUCUGGUAACAACGAUAUGGAUAAUAAUAGGAAAGACAAUGGUAAUUGUAAUGAUAACAGAAGAGAUCCAACUGUUACAGUGGUGCAUAGAUCACCAUAUUAUAUUGAUUCAGUAACUCAAAUGUGCAGUAUUGAUACUAGUGACGAUAGUGAAAAUAGUAAUAAUAAUAAUAGUGGUAAUGGUAAUAAUGGCAGCAAGGGAACUGUUACCCCCAAUCUCGAAGCAGCUUACUAUAUUCAUCCAAUAACUCAAAUGUACACAAAUGAUAACGAUGAUGAUAUUGAUAAUAAGAAUCAUAAUAAUAUUGAUAAUGACGACAAUAAUGUUAAUGAGCAUAAUAAGAAAACUGUUACGCCUGAUCUUGGAUCGUCCGAUUGUAUUCAUCUACUGACUCAAAUGUGUAGUAUUGACAUUAAUGACGAUAAUAAUGAUAAUGAUGCCGAUAUUGACAAUAACAGCAAUGAGAACAGUAAGAAAAGUGUUACGCCUGAUCGUGGAUCGGCUCACUCUAUUCAUCCAGUAACGCGAAUGUACACAAGUGAUGAUAAUGACAGCGAUAUUGCUAUCAAUAAUAAUACUAGUCCAAUUAGUAGUCACAAUGAUGACAGUAAUGUUAUUAAAAACAGUAAGGAAACUGUUACAUCUGAUCUCGGAUCACCCAAUUAUAUUCAUCCAGUAACACAAAUGUUCUGUAAUGAUAAUGAUAGCAAUAUUGGCAAUGACAACAGUAAGAAAACUGUUACAUUAGAUCAUGGAUCUCCGGGUUUUACUUCUCCGUUAACUGAAAUGUACAGUAAUAAUAAUAGCAACAAUAAUGUUGAUGAGCAUAAUAAGAAAACUGUUACGCCUGAUCUUGGAUCGUCCGAUUGUAUUCAUCUAUUAACCCAAAUGUGCAGUAUUGAUAUUAAUGACGUUAAUGAUGCCAAUAUUGACAAUAACAGCAAUAGGAACAGUAAGAAAAGUGUUACGCCUGAUCGUGGAUCGACUCACUCUGUUCACCCAGUAACCCAAACGUACAAAAACGAUAAUGAUGACGAUAGUGACAAUAAUGGCAAUGACAACAGUAAGAAAACUGUGACACCCCGCCAUGGAUCACCGGAUCGUAUUCCUCCACUAACUGAAAUGUUCAGUAUUGAUGAUAGUGGUGACGAAAUCGACAAUAAUUACAAUGACAGCAGUAAGGAAAAUGUGACACCCCACCACGGAUCACCGGAUCGUAUUCCUCCACUAACUGAAAUGUUCAGUAUUGAUGACGAUGCUGAUAACAGUGUUAAUGAUAACAGUAAGAAGACUGUUACGCCUGAUCCUGGAUCAUCUUAUUAUAUUCAUCCAGUAACCCAAAUGUGCAAUUCCGAUCAUGAUGAUAUGAAUAAUUAUAAUAAUGAUAAUAACAGCUGUAAUGACAACAAUCGUAGUGAUAAGGAUAACAAAAGCGAAGUUACCGUUACACUGGGACAUAGAUCACCAUUUUGUAUUGAUCCAGUAACCCGGAUAUUCAGUAAUGAUAUUGGUGACAAUAAUAGCUAUGAUAACAGUAAGAAAACUGUUACACCCGAUCUUGGAUCACCUUAUCGCAUGAAUCGAACAGCCCAAAUGUCCUGCAUUUAUAAUGACGACAACAACAACAAUAAUAAUGAUAUUAUUAACAACAGAGGCACGACUGUUACACCUGAGCAUAAAUCCCCCUGUAACAUUAAUUCAGUUACUCAAAAGUGUAUUGAUAAUAUUGACGAUGAUAUGGAUAACAAUACUAAUGAUAAGAAAAUUUGUAUUUAUAAAGAUCUUAAUGCUGAUAAUGACAAAAAUGCUAACAAUAAUUCUAAUGAUAUUAGUAUUAAGAAAGAUGAUAAUGAUAUUUAUAAUGAUAAUAACUUUAUUCAUGAAAACAAUGGCAAUUGUAAUAAUGACAAAAAUGAUAAUAUAUGCGACAAUGAUAGUGAAAUCAGUAUGAACAACAACGCUGUAUUAUUGUCAAGAUCAUCUGAAAUGUGUAACCAACUUUCUACUGACAAGUUAAUGAGUUCAAUUGUUACUCUAUCGCAAGCCAAAGGGGAGAUUAAGUCACGAAAAGGUGUUGAACCAAUAUUGGGACGACUUAUGCAUGAAUCUCAGUGUGAUAUUAAGAAGUCAUUGGUGAACAAUCACCUACUACCAAGUCAAUCCUCUACUCUACGUGGUAAACGGCGUAUCACGAACUAUGAUGCUCGUUUAAUAGCUGAAGCUAAACUGCUUGCUCCAAUGUCGAGGCGACGCGAACGUAAACCUUUGUAUAAUCCAGAUUAUCUUGAGUUUAUUUCACUAAAGGAUGUAGUCAUACCUCCGAAGUUAACUUCACCCAAAUCAAAUUGUAAAAGAAAGAAUGUAAAUAAGCCAUCCCAAUUCAGUAUUGAUCAUAAGGACGAUUGUACAAGUUUAGAUCUUAAGGAUGCUAAUAAUAUUUGCUGUCCAAAGUCAACACUCUCUAGUUCUACUGAAAACCAUUGUACGGAGGUGGAAUCUACUUCUAAUGAUCUAGCGCCACCAUUGCUACUUAGUGAACAUCCUUCUGAGCUCACUGUACCUGAUACAGUCGCUGAACCAGUACUCAAAUGCGAUCCUGAUAGUGUUGUGGCUCCAGAACCUGUCGCUGAUGCCAAAACAGCUCCUGAGAAGUGCCAGCCAAGACCGCAUUAUUAUUUCCGUAAAACAAAAUGUAAUUAUCUCCUUCGAAGAGUUGUGCACAUAGCUUCACCCCCACUAUUACAAGCAGUUCCUUCUCCCACUGUACCUGAUACAGUUGCUGAACCAGUACUCAAAUGCGAUCCUGAUAGUGUUGUGGCUCCAGAUCCUGUCGCUGAUGCCAAAACAGCUCCUGAGAAGUGCCAGCCGAGACCGCAUUAUUAUUUCCGUAAAACAAAAUGUAACUAUCGCCUCCGAAGAGUUGUGCACAUAGCUUCACCCCCACUAUUACAAGCAGUUCCUUCUCCCACUGUACCUGAUACAGUUGCUGAACCAGUACUCAAAUGCGAUCGUGAUAGUGUUGUGGCUCCAGAACCUGUCGCUGAUGCCAAAACAGCUCCUGAGAAGUGCCAGCCGAGACCGCAUUAUUAUUUCCGUAAAACAAAAUGUAACUAUCGCCUCCGAAGAGUUGUGCACAUAGCUUCACCCCCACUAUUACAAGCAGUUCCUUCUCCCACUGUACCUGAUACAGUUGCUGAACCAGUACUCAAAUGCGAUCCUGAUAGUGUUGUGGCUCCAGAUCCUGUCGCUGAUGCCAAAACAGCUCCUGAGAAGUGCCAGCCGAGACCGCAUUAUUAUUUCCGUAAAACAAAAUGUAACUAUCGCCUCCGAAGAGUUGUGCACAUAGCUUCACCCCCACUAUUACAAGCAGUUCCUUCUCCCACUGUACCUGAUACAGUUGCUGAACCAGUACUCAAAUGCGAUCCUGAUAGUGUUGUGGCUCCAGAUCCUGUCGCUGAUGCCAAAACAGCUCCUGAGAAGUGCCAGCCGAGACCGCAUUAUUAUUUCCGUAAAACAAAAUGUAACUAUCGCCUCCGAAGAGUUGUGCACAUAGCUUCACCCCCACUAUUACAAGCAGUUCCUUCUCCCACUGUACCUGAUACAGUUGCUGAACCAGUACUCAAAUGCGAUCCUGAUAGUGUUGUGGCUCCAGAUCCUGUCGCUGAUGCCAAAACAGCUCCUGAGAAGUGCCAGCCGAGACCGCAUUAUUAUUUCCGUAAAACAAAAUGUAACUAUCGCCUCCGAAGAGUUGUGCACAUAGCUUCACCCCCACUAUUACAAGCAGUUCCUUCUCCCACUGUACCUGAUACAGUUGCUGAACCAGUACUCAAAUGCGAUCCUGAUAGUGUUGUGGCUCCAGAACCUGUCGCUGAUGCCAAAACAGCUCCUGAGAAGUGCCAGCCGAGACCGCAUUAUUUUUUUCGUAAAACAAAAUGUAAUUAUCUCCUUCGAAGAGUUGUGCAUAUACCCACACCUCCACUAUUACAAUCAGUAACUCCUUUUGACUUGUAUACACGAUAUUCCCCAGGUAAAAGUAAAAACGAUUACUUAUCAAAUACAGCUCGUAAGGCAUCGAUAAUUUCUUGUGCCCAUAAUCCCAGACGGUCGCGAAACUCAGAUGUCAAUGGUGUAAUCUCGCAUGCUACUGUUUCAAAUGCAGGUACACAUCGUCUUACCGUCACACUCAAAAGGAUUGGACCUAAACUUUAUCAGAUAUCUCAACCGAAAAGAAUAUUUAUUACUUAAAUGACAUAAUAUAUCUUUUUCUUUUCAUAUGUAUUUAUAGGGAUAUUCAUAUUAAUUUUAUUGAUGACCAGCAUUUUAGAUUUAUUACUUCUUCGCUUUAGCUUACUCUACCUCAGAUUUGCUUAAUGCGCUAAUAUAAUAUAUGAUGUAUAUAUAAAUAUAUGUAUUUACUUCAGCAUGUAAAUAAUACGUUAUUAUUGUCAUUUUUUUAAUUUUGUC